UGCAGAAGAAGAUGAUUGACCAUCUUGAUCAAGAGUGGGCAUCCAUCAAAUCACAAUACUAUGGAGGUGAUGAUACAGAAGCUGAAGCAGCCCUACAUCCCUAUUUAAGGUUAACAGAUUCUUCUGAAUUUGACAAUUAUAUAAAGAAGUUGAAAUCAGAAUCAAACAAUCUGAAGAAAAUGAAAACUACCACUGGCUUCAACAAAGCCGACUUGGUUUUUUUAGCAGAAAAUGAGGUAUCAGAAGAUGUUAUUAGAAGGAUACAUUCCAAAAAUAUCGAAAAGAAUGUGAAAAUGUAUACGAUUCUGUCAACAUCCGAAAUAAAAGAACAGGCAGAAAAGGUUGGCUAUUUUGCAUAUGGCAAAAUAGCCUACACCUUAGGAAAACAAUCAGCAGAUCAAGAACUUAGAGAGGUUCAUAUUAUGUAUGUGGCCCAAUUUGGAACCAAGAAUGUUCGGGUAACAGCUGGAAAUAAGCCGUCAGAAUUGCUUCAGUUGAAGGAUUUUUCCUCUAUGGACUCACUUUUUAAAAUGUUUAUCAGCGAUGGUGGAGUUAUUUUUCUGAUGGCUUCAGAAAAAAAGAACCUUUUACCUAACUUUAAUUUAAUAAAUACUGAAUGUUUUGUGCAUGUCAAAUCUGAAUCAGAAAAAAAAUCACUGAAAAGAAAAUUUCAUUUCAUAGAAGAAUAAGUUAUUAAUAAGUAUAUUUUCAGAUUAGUACCACAGAAAAUUCCAACGAUUAUGAAGCUACAUAUAGAUUCUUUGGUAAGCUUCCUUGCUACCUCAAUCAUGAAAUCAUUAUUAGGUUAGGUAAACAAGCCUAUGGGUGGAGUUAACAGUUUAAUAGAGAACCAAUCAGAACUAGUGUCAGAAUAUAAACAUUGUAAAACUAGUUUUACUGGUCAGUUUAAAAAGAAGUUUUCAAUCUUAAUUUAGAAUUUAUUGAUAAUUAUAAUCUUAUUCCCAAGCAUGCUGUAGGUGUGUUUGAUUUGCAUAUUUUAUUUCAAUCAAUUACUCAGUUAUAAAUUCAAGUAUGUGUAUGUACUUUACUAUGGUACAAUCACGGCGUAAAUGUAAGGUUUAUGACAUCCUUCUGUAGCCUUUGAAUCACUUCAUGGUUGAGCUAUUAACAAGGAAGCUAACCAAAGAAUCUACCUGUAGCUUCAUACUCGUUGGAAUCUGCUGUUAUACUUAGUAUAUAAAAGGGUUUUAAAUUAACACUUGAUAUUACAGGUUUAGUUUACAUGAAUUAACCAAAGGCUGGCAGAUGUGAUGUAAAAUUUGUUUAUGAUUAUUAUUCAAACUAUACUAAUAGUAAUGUAUAGAUUCAGAUUAACCACAUAAAAAGAAAUCCACAGACAUAU